AUGCAAUCUAUUUUUCAAUCAUUAAAUCACUUCUAUGAGUCAACUGCACCUGGUAGGUUAGGCGAACGUUCUCAAUUUAUUCUACCAAGUUCAUUCUCCCGGGGUUUUGAAUUCAGAAGUCUCGUUGAUGUACCUAAAGGAUUUUUCUGGUUGCUUACAACAUGGAACCGAGGAAGACAAAAACAAAUAAAUAAGCUUCAACUUUGUCGCCUUGGAAAUGCUUGUAUACAAAUUACAAAAGCUUAA